UCUCCUCAACGGAGUCAACAAUCACACAAUCACGUGCGAUCUCAUCCCUGACCCUUAUUUAUCAUUUUGUUCUUCGUCUAAGCAACCACGAUUAGACCACUUACGUACCAAGAUCCUUACAUAAUACUACUACAUAGAAUAGAGGUACAUUGAAGAGCAAACCAGACAAAGUUGCAAACUAUGAAGAGCCGGAGCCUCCCCGCGGCGUCCGCGGCGGUUGCUGUCGUUUUCUUCCUCUCUGCCACGGCCCUACCGGCGGCCACGGCCAUCGUCGAGCACACAUUCGUCGUGAGCCAGGUGAAUAUGACGCACUUGUGCAAGGAGACGCUGGUCACCGUGGUGAACGGGCAGCUCCCGGGGCCGACGAUAGAGGUCACGGAGGGAGACUCGUUGGCCGUUCAUGUCGUCAACAAGUCACCCUACAACAUAACAAUCCAUUGGCAUGGAGUGAGGCAGCGGCUGAACUGUUGGGCCGACGGGGUGCCGAUGAUUACCCAAUGCCCUAUCCUGCCGAACCACAACUUCACCUACCGGUUCGAGGUCGCCGGGCAGGAAGGCACCCUAUGGUGGCAUGCUCAUGUCUCCUGCCUCCGGGGAACCCUGCACGGCGCCAUCAUCAUCCGGCCGAGACACGGGGCCGACUUGUAUCCAUUUCCGAAGCCUCAUAGGGAGAUCCCCAUCAUUAUGGGGGACUGGUGGGAGAUGGAUCUUGCACAGUUGGACAGGGACUUCAUGAACGGUUCCGUUUUUGAUCACCCCAAUGCAUCCACAAUCAAUGGCAAGCUUGGAGAUCUCUUCAACUGCUCCGGCGCUGUGGAAGAUGGCUACGUGCUGGACGUGGAGCCAGGCAAGACGUACCUGCUACGAGUAAUCAAUGCUGCGCUCUUCUCCGAGUACUACCUCAAGAUCGCCGGGCACAAGUUCACGGUGGUCGCAGCCGAUGCCAACUACGUCAACCCCUACACCACGGACGUUGUCGUGGUCGCGCCCGGAGAGACAGUGGAUGCCCUCGUGGUCGCCGACGCGCCCCCUGGCAGGUACUACAUGGUCGCCCAGCCCAGCGAGACGCCACCGCCCGACCCCCCGAUCCAAGUGUUUGUCACGAGAGGGAUGGUGCGGUACAAGUACGCUCACGACAGCGGCAAUGGCGGCGCAACGCUGAGCUCAGGCCGCAGCGAAGAAGAGGAAGAAGGCGCUCCACCAUCCGAUGAUGUCCCAGUGGCACCUGAGAUGCCUGACAAGUAUGACACGAUGACCUCCUUCUACUUCCACGGCAACCUGACCAGCCUGCAUCAACCGUGUCGGCCGCUGGUGCCGGCGCAAGUCGACGAGCGCCUGUUUAUCGCUCUGGGCAUGGGCACAGUCUGCCGGCGAGGUCAGUCCUGCAAGAGGAGCGGGAGCGACGAGUCCAUCCAGGUAGCGACCAUGAACAACGUCUCCUUCCAGCUCCCCGCGGCGGUGGCGGCGCCACUGCUGGAAGCGCAGUACUACAAUCACAACAACACGGCGGGCGGCGGAGUGGAGUUGUACACGCUGCCGGACAGGCCGCCGAGGGCGUUCAACUUCACCGACCGCGCCAUGAUCAAUUGGGGCCCUGAAGAGGCGCCACUGGAGCCGACAAAAAAGGCAACGGUGGCGCGGCGGUUCCGGCACGGCGCCACGGUGGAGGUGGUGUUCCAGAGCACAUCGCUGUUGCAGAGCGACUCCAACCCUAUGCACCUGCACGGGCACGACGUGUUCGUGCUCGCGCAGGGGCUUGGCAACUACGACGCGGCGAGGGACGUGGCGAGGUACAACCUGGUGGAUCCGCCGGUGAGGAACACCGUGCGCGUUCCGAGGCUUGGGUGGGUCGCCGUUCGAUUUGUCGCGGACAAUCCAGGGAUAUGGUACAUGCAUUGCCACUAUGAAUUCCAUCUGUCAAUGGGCAUGACGGCAUUGUUUAUUGUACAGGAUGGGCCAACAGUGGACACAUCUCUCCCUCCACCGCCUGUGAAUUUUCUAACAUGUGACCAUGACAAUAGUCUCAUACAAGAUGAAUUCUACCUCCAAACUAAGGAAAGUGAAGUUUCCCACAUAAAUGGAGUUAGGAAGCUAAGAUAACUUUGAUCACUGGCUUUCAAAUAAACCAAAUAAACUUAUGAAUUAUGUGUUGGUGAUAUGGCUUAGAGGUAAUCACUUAGAUGAUUUUAUCACAUCUAUGUUUAUGUAUUUUGAAUAAUAUAUUACUCUGUUCCAUGAAUAAUUAUCAUUUAUAUUGAUCGGC